UUCACAACGUCACCGCAUUGUUAGCAUCACAUUAGCGUAGCUGCUACUAGCCGCCGUUCUACUAGCUAGCUAGCCAAUACGUCAUGCAAAGUAGCUUUGCGCGUAUUUAGCAAUCAUUUAUAUAAUUAUUGUAUAUUUAACGACAGUUACAAAAUGUCGACUAGGAAAAGAUCGAGGGAGCGCGACGACAAGCGCGAGCACAAGAAACACAAGACGACGUCCAAGGAAGACGACGAGAAGAUAAAAAGUCAAAUGAAGAGGCUCAACCAACAAGUACAAAACCUCAAACACAUCGAGACAUUCUAUGAAAAACCUCCACCUGGAUACAUUAAGGAACAUGAGGAGAAGCCCGAGGACUGCAUUCCUGCUGAACCUGGAAAUGAGGGCGCGCGCAAUUUCCUGGCCAAUGCACCUACCAAGGGCCUGUGGAUGCCGCUGGGCAAGGAAGUGAAGGUGAUGCAGUGCUGGAGAUGCAAACGCUACGGCCAUCGCACAGGAGAUCGCGAGUGUCCGUUUUUCAUCAAAGGCAACCAGAAACUGGAGCAGUUCCGCGUGGCGCAUGAAGACCCGAUGUACGACUUGAUGCGGGAAAAUGAAAGGAACGAGAAAGAAAGCAGAAUCCAGCAACUGCAACAGCUUCUCCAAGACACAACGUCAUCCUCCUCGUCUUCAGACUCAGAUAGUAGUGGCAAGAAGAAGAAGAAAAAGAAGGACAAGAAGAAGAAAGACAAAAAGAAGAAGAAAAAGAAGCGGAAGAAGAAGCAUAAGCGCGAGUCGUCCUCCGAGUCUGACUGAGAAGGCAAGAAGACAUCAAGAAAUGUACUUUAGGAAUUCUUCCUCCUACAGGUGACAACUUCCCUAGUGUCUAGUGCAAAACAGAGUGGACAAGAUGUGACUCUUUUUCAGAACUUUACAGUCGUUUUUAUAACCUCGCCAUCUUCGGUUUCUGCGAAAACGCUCUGCGGAGUGCGCAACGGAAACCGCGCACCGCCACGUUCUGCAGUAAACCCUCAGGACGCGACUGCGCAGCAUACUUGAGAUGGUUUGAGGUUUGGGGGUUGUUUGCUCUGGAAAAGAGUUGACUCGGCGGGAGAGGAAUGUACGCCAAUGUUUCAUGGUCUCCUGAGAAUAAAUACUUUUUUUUUUUCCAUCGUGCUUGAAAUCCCAACUUAUAAAGAUGUGACAAGGAACUUGCUGUGGCCUAUAUUUCAUAUUCUUCCAUCUGGAUGAAAUUGAAUGAUCACCAACCCCCAUCCCUUUAUAAUCUCUCGCUUUGUUAAGGCAGAUGGUCAUGUACAGUGGUAUGAAAAAGUAUCUGAACCUUUUAGAAUUUCUCACAUUUUUGCAUUAAAUUACCAUCAAAUGUG